AUGUCUCUCCUCGCUCGCUUCGCCCUCGUGGGGCUUUGGGCUUUCGCUGCCUAUGCUCAGAGCGACACUGUGACCGUUACCGAGACAGUUACAGAGUGUGCGGCGUCCUGUUACUCUGUCGUAUCGCAGUGUACCUCGACCGAGUACAUCGAGACAUCCUCCAUCAUAAAGCUCCCGACUGAAUCUUCGGUUAUCGUGUCUGAGACUUCUCUUAUUGAAACCACCGAGGUUAUCUCCCUGCCCACUGUUUCUGUUGCCUCGACGAUCUCCAAGUUUGCCAACACCAGCGCUGUCACUGGCUCUUACACUUCCACCUCUACUGUCUCUGGUUUUGAGACCACUAUUACUAUCUCCGAAUCGUCUGGUGUCUCAGUUGGCUCGAGUGCUCUUGCGGGUGAGACCUCGGAGUCGGAGUCGGAGUCUAGCCUGUAUGGAUACUCUACCACGACUCUGGCCUUGACUGAGGCGACCACUGAGACCGUCACGAAUAUUGAGACUCUCCCCACUAUUGUCCCGAGUGUUGAUUCGUCUGCUCUUGCAUCCGGAACUACUCAACUCUCAGAGACAAGUGAGUCUAGCAUUGUCACUCAAGGUUCAACCGAACAGUCCUCAGAGUCCACUCCUCUUAGCACUGAAUCGGUGUCUACUGAGAGUACUACCACCGAUAGGAUUGUUCCUCAGCAGAGCAAGUCUACAGAGACUGAAGGUACUGAGGCAUCUACGGCCACUGAGGCAUCUACAGCCACUGGUGCAUCUACAGCUACCGAAGAAGCUUCCACGGCCACCCUGACCUCUGUUCUCACCAGCCAGGUCACCUUCACAGAGACAAUCUCAACUGUCUACUCUAGCUCCGCUGAGGAGUCUGUUACCUCAGAGGAGAGCACCGAAUUCGUUGUUACAUCUUCUCAGAUUGAAGAGUCAAGCAGCGGAACUGAACAAGGCUCUGUGACGACUGAAGUUAUCACUUCUGAAGUCACUGGUAUCACCCAGGUCACGUCUUCAGUCACUUUGACAAGCAUCGAGACUUUGACCGUGUCCGAGUCCACCUCUUCUUCAGGGGAAACCACCGAAGCCUCAAUCUCUGAGUCCUCUGGCACAUCCGCCUCUACUGCUUCUGAGAGCGAGGUCAAAACUGUCACCUCCAUUGAGACUGUCACCGCAGAGACCUCAGCUUCUCAAACUGAUUCAACUGGCAGCGGCUCCAGCCCCGGAUCUACCAGCGCUGGCGUUUCCACUGGCACUACUGAGGUCGAGGAGUCGACAACUACUACCUGCACAUCGACUAGACACACUCACAGCUAUGAGAACACAACUAUCGUUCAUAGUACCGCUGAUGUGAGCAUCGACUCAUCUGCUCUAGCAGGAUCGUUCACGUCAACUCUUUCCGAGGGAACCUCUGUGACUUCAGGUGUGGUUGAGCAGACUACACUUCCCACCGCAGAGACUGAGACUGGAACGACUACCGGUGGUACAGCCAGCGGAGUUGAGACAACCGAGUCGAUUUCCAUUGAGUCAUCUGCCUCCCAGUCCACCGCCGCAACAACACCAGUGUCUCUUCCCGUCGAACCAACUUACCCUCCUCACAAUUACGACUUUGGCGCUCCAAGCUCCGCAGACGACGGCUGGCCAACCUUCUCCGUCGACUCGAGCGCCGACGCAGCAACCGGUUUCUCCUCCUUCACCACUCUCGUUACCACCAGCAAGGCCACCGACACUACUUCUACUUCUACCUCCACCGGUAUCAAGGAGCCAUACUACGAGCCACCUGCCUAUGAGCCUCCUUCGUACCGCGAGUCUGCGUAUGUUCGAAAGCGCUGGGGUUUUGGGUGGUAA